GGCUCUUCAUAGACUCCCCUACCUCUGGGUCCUGGUUCGUAUCGAUUCGGUUGGCCAAAUACACCCGGCUGAAAAUUGCCAGGUGCCCAGUUUGCGGACGCAAAUCGCUGAAUGCGGACUGGCAAGCUUGUCAAACAAGUGUUCGCCGCAGCCACCACGAGACAGGCGGCCCUGCAUUGUUUAGACAUCACUCCCGGCAGAAGCGACAGUUCUCAAUGGCGUCGCUCUUCAACAGCUGCUGCGGUACGGGGCCGCUCCAGAACAUGGUGAAGGAGGCCUCGGUGGAUCCUGAAAUCCUCAAGCAGCAGAUCGAGAAUCAGCUGGCAGAGGAGGCACCCGCCACAGUCAAGCCCUUCUUCCCCUGCUGUGGCGGUCCAGUCAGCACCAUGGAGAAGUGCAGUUGCAUGGUCCCUGCCGAUCAGCAGGACUCGGUGAAGCAAGCCAUCGAGAAGUACAAAAGCCUUUGAGAUCGACAUCGCAGCAAAGGCUGCCGAUGCGUGCCCUGCAAUGGUCAGAGCUAAUGCUGGAUUGCCCGCGCGCCUUCGGGUGCAGGGGCGAAGCGUCGCAAGGAAAAAGAGACAGCUCAUGAGGACUCGUGAGGACGGUUCCAAGACGUAGAGCUCGUGAGCCACAACGAGCACCACUUGAAGGAAUAAUUGGCAAGUUGAAGUUGAUGUUUGGGACAGUCAUUUUCAUAAUCUUUCAUAUCCCAGAAUCCUCCAUUGAUGGACGAGUUCACUCAGCCCUUUGUUGGCCUCUAUAGCUAUCUCUUCCAGCCCAUGGAUGGUUUGGAUCUCAUCGGUGAUUGUGAUGAGUCCCUACAGCUCCUGUCCCAUAUCCUCAGAAGGUAGGGAUGAACCCCCCUUGGCACCCACCCCAACCACCGAACCAAAAAG